GCUUCGGUUUGUUAUGGUUUUAAGAAUUCGUAAACAUUGAAGUAAAAAUUAUUAAUUUUGUGAUAUUAUUUAAUUAAAAUGAACAUGUAUCUCGUUAUUGAUAGAAGAUUUGUAGCAUUUAUGUUUGUUUCAUUGAUCACAAAUCAUAUAAAAUACAGUGAAACAGCAAUUAAUAACAACAUGGAGAGUAAUUCAAAGUCACUAAAACAGAAUCAAUCAUCCUCAGACAAUUUUCUGCAAGCUAGUCAUGACGACGAUAAAACAUUCGAUCCAAAUCAAUGUGGACUACCAAAAGGACAUCCGUUAAUGGAAUGUUCAGCAUUAAAUUAUCCUUGCAUAAAAUGUACAUACGACAUGUCGUGUUUGUAUGGUGAAUUCUCAAAUGCAACAUGUGACGUAAAGAACGGUGUCGAGUGUAUUGGAUCAAGACAAUUCCAACGACAGUUCAUGUGUCGAUAUUGUUUCUUAACUGACCAAUGGGAACAUGAUUGCAUGCAAAAAACAACAUGCAACAGUGUUCAACUUCGUAAACUUCAUAAGACAAACUGCACUGUGCACAACGACGUUCUUUGUCUUGGCAACCGCCAUUUUGCUAAAAAUAUAAGAUGCAAUUGGACUCGAGGCUCAAAAUACUUUACAGCUCUUAUUUUGAGUGUAACACUUGGAGGUUUUGGUGUUGACAGAUUCUACUUAGGUCAUUGGCAAGAAGGAAUUGGGAAACUGUUCAGUUUUGGUGGUCUUGGAGUGUGGACAGUCAUCGAUGCAAUUCUCAUAUCCAUUGGAUUCCUUGGAACAUCAGAUGGAAGUUUAUUGCUUUGAUUCAUUUAGAUAAUAAAGAUUAGAAAAGA